AUGGAGAGUGUUCUGGAUGUUACACUCUGUCUGUGUGUGUGCAAACUGAUGAGCAGCAUGCUGCUGUGUUCGUCUGUAGUCACACACACCAUCACUGUGGUCAGUCUGUGCUGCAGCUGCCUGCUGUUAUUUACAGACCUUGCUGUCACCAUGUUUUUGCUCUACAUCUGGCUCAUGGAGUCCACUCUGACGCCUUUUUACGUGUCUUCGGAUGUCAUCGCCCUUCGAUUCCUGCUCUUGCUCUGCCAGGCCUACGGUGUUGUAUUGCUGCUGAUGCCACUUUUGAUUGCUGUGGAGUUGUUGGUUGAUCUGCUGCAUUCUCAAUAUGGGCGAAUAAAGGGACAAGAUGCAAGUGAAUCCCUCUCUAUGAGAAUUGGCUAUUUCGGAUGUCUUCUAGCCUGGAGCGUGAGCGGGAUCUACAGCAGCCAUGACUGGAUCUCAGUGGAAACCUGUUGGGAAAAAGGUGGCUAUCUUCUCACCUGCCUUCCCAGCACUGAUGAGUUUUCCUGGGUUCUUCCUGUUGUGGUGGUCCUGUUGAGCCUGACGGGGAGCCUGGGCCUGUUCAGGAUGAAGGCGUCCAGAAGACAGAAAAAGGACUGUUUAGGCCCUGGGCUAAUGCAUAUGUCUCAAACUCUGGUUGACUCAGAAAAAACACCCAACAGCUGCGGCGUUCACAUGGCUGGGUUUGUGUAUGGUGAGCCACGAUGGAUCUGUCCUGGGAACGGUGUCCAGUGCGCUCAACAAACCGAUUUGUACACUGAAACUGAAGAAGUCUUUGUUAAUCAGCCCAUCUUCCUUUCUGGCCCUUCUGUAGCUCUUGUUCAGCUCUUUGGAAAAGCACCACAGGGCAAACGCUACAGCUGA